CAGAAAACUGCUGUGUGUUUACCACAGGUCCAGCCAAUCAACUUAAGAGGGGACUUACCUAUUCUUUCAUUAGUCAAGCAUAAUAUUAUCUUGAACUAAUUAUUUUUCCCCACAUGGCCUUCCUACUAAUGUCAGCUUAUCUUCUGCUGACUCAUGCUCAAGGUGCUCCUCUUCAGAAUGGGGCACUAUUGGAAAAACUGAAGUCACAAGUAGGAUUAUUCAGCAAUAACAGUGAACGCUACUCGGUACAGGUGAGACCUCCUGGCACAAGCCGACAAAUACCUCAGACGAUCAUCAUAGGAGUUCGUAAAGGAGGGACAAGGGCUUUGCUGGAAAUGUUGGAUAUUCAUCCUAAUAUUGUGGUAGCAGCUACAGAAGUCCAUUUCUUUGACUGGGACGAAAAUUACGUGAAAGGAAUAGACUGGUAUAGAAGUCUGAUGCCAUUUUCUUAUGGAAAUCAAAUUACAAUUGAGAAAACACCAGGCUAUUUUACAUCACCACAGGCACCAGAAAGAAUUCAUGACAUGAAUAGCUCCAUUAAACUGCUGCUCAUUCUAAGAGAUCCCACUGAGAGAGUUAUAUCCGACUACACCCAAGUAUAUUACAACAGAGUAGAAAGCCACAAGCCUGUUCAGCUUUUUGAAGAUAUUGUUAUUAAGAAUGGAGCACUUAAUACCAAAUACAAAGCUAUUCAGAGAAGUCUAUACGAUGUUCAUAUGGAAAAGUGGCUUAAGCAUUUCAGUUUGGAUCAGAUUCACAUAGUGGAUGGCAAUACUUUAAUCAAAGACCCUCUUCCUGAAUUACAAAAAGUCGAAAGAUUUCUAAAUCUUCCUUCGCGAAUUAUGUCUUCUAAUUUUUAUUUUAACCAGACCAAGGGAUUCUACUGCAUUAGAAGUGAUGGAAGGGAGAGAUGUUUACAUGAAUCCAAGGGGCGCCCCCACCCCCUUGUAAACAACACUGUGUUAGAGCAACUCUAUUCUUACUUCAGAGAGCACAAUGCAAAAUUUUACAGAAUGGUUAAUCAUUCCUUUGACUGGCAUUAA